AUGGAUCUUAGCAAAAGCAGAGCAACUACUACCACCAUUACUCUAUCAUGUCUUCUCUUUGUCUCUUCACUCUACGCAAUCUCCACCGCAAAAUCAUUCACGAAUCUGCUCUUGCAUCAACUCUUUCUCCUCGCUGGUUUUGUUCUAGCAGCAGCUUUGUCUCUUCUGGUACUUGUCGCGGCUGCUCGAGCCACAAUGGUCGCUUGGAUAACAGUGCUCGUCUUGCUGGCCUUCUCCGGUACACGCCGCCGUGUUCUAGUACGGCGGCAGAAGAGGAUCACGGCGGACGUAGCGAUGUGCUUGGUUAGGGUUCUGUUUAGAGAGGCAGAUCCUCGCGGUUAG